GCAAACUUUUUGCUUAUAACGUUCGAUUUGCGAAUUUGUUGUUUAUUUGUGGUUUCAACUAUCUAUAACUGUUGUAAAUAAAAGUGUGAUUAAACAUUUGUUUUUAUUAAUUAAGAAAUAAAUAUGUGUUGUGCGUAAGUGUGUUCGAGAGAAAAGCGGAUUGUUUUUCCGUUCGCCGCUCCUCAGUUUGUUUUAUUUGAGGCUAGCCAUGCUGCGUGAUGUACAGUAACUCGAGCGAUGCGGACCGCGACGCGGCGGAGGAGACGACGCUCGCGGCACUCGUCGCGCUCUACGUGCUCGUGUCCAUCAUAGGUAUUAUAGGAAAUGUGAGCUUAAUGGCUGCGCUUGCGUCAGGCGGGGCGUCUAGACUGCGAACUCCACAGAUGCUGAGCGCAUGCGCAGCCGACUUUCUCGUGUGCGCCGCCAGCGCACCCCUAGCUGCGACCCGCGCGGCCAGGAUAGAUGAGCUACCCUGUCAAGUUACUUAUUAUAUUGAGUCAUUCCCCGUGGCUGCGAGCACACUAUCCCUGGUGGCGAUAGCAGCAGACCGAUGCGGGGCGGUGAGGAGAGGGGGCACGUCACUCUGUGCGCGCCCGCAUCUAGCAGUCAUCGCCGUGUGGAUCAUAGCACUUUUGCUUAGUGCAGCAGCAUUCACAACGACGUGCGUAUCGUGUCCGCCACUGGCCGCGGCGCAUGCACUCGUUACAUACUGCUUCCCAGUACUAGCUGUAGCAAAGUGUCACUGGGCAGUGAGAGUCAAACUGACCGCUCUGUCACUAACUGCUAGAGCAGCACACGGGGAACUACCACUCCCCGUACCUCUAAUGAGAAGACCCACACACGUCAUUAUCGUCGCCGGCGUAGGACCAAGAGAACGUCGAGACGCCGUUGACGUGGGUGACGUCAGAUCCAAGAAGAAACUCCAACCGAGCCUCCUUGGACCACAACCUCAGACUUCGACACUCCGCUCCCGGCGGCGGCUCGGCAACGUGCUCAUGGGGAUUGCGGCGAUAUUCGCCAUGUGCUGGUGUCCACACGCUGCCAUAGUGAUAGCUAGUGCGUUUGGCUUGCACGUGCCAUUCCUACUGGCGCACUUCGCGCUGCUGCUGGGGUAUGCGCACUCUGCGCUGAACGCGGUGGCGUAUUGGGUGCUGAACCGGCACGCACUGACGUCAGCGUGUGCAGCGUGGCGGCUGCCGCAGCUACGCGUGAGAGAGGAGCGCCCCUCGUCGACCAACGAAGCGGCUCUGGGAGCUUUCCAUCCCCGCCUUGCUCGACCCGCGCCCUCUCCCCGCCCUCCCCCCUCCAGCUUCCUCUAUUGAUGUCCGUCUAUCUUCUAAGCUCUGUCAAUCUGUGAUUCCUGUCUCUCAGUGCCUCGUAUAGUCUACAGGCGCCCCGCCUUGCCGGGGAGCCGCUCGUUUCGUCGUUAUA